CACAAGUCUUGUCUGCUCUACCCAUCUCUCCUUUCUCACUGUCGCCGUCUUUCUUUGACUGAUUCAACUCAGUUUUCCAUUGACGCGGCUUCUCUGUGGUUUCUUAGCUCUCUCAUUGCAGCCCGACCUGCCACUUCCCCUGUGAUAUCAAUUCCUUCGAUCUACUAUCGCCACCCUCCUCCGAUCCCACACCAGAAAGACGCAAAGUGCCGCAGAUCUGCCAUCGGUUUAGUAGAGAAAUCUCCGUAUCGGCGUGAAUAGAGAUCGCCUUUCAUCGCUUCUGCGCCUUACACAGGAGGGAGUGCUUGUUCGAUCUUCAAGCUCUGGGGCUUGUGUGCGCUGCGCCUGGUGCGCUUCCAGACGCUCGACUUUGACUACCUUGGGAGUGACAAUAAAUGAUCUUGCUUUUUACACUUUUGUCCAUCUUCCCAAAAGUAUUUGUUUUUAAGUUAAUGGAAAAAAAGUAAAAGUAAAGGUAAAUUUGUCACUUUAUUCUUAUUUACAUACCUAAAAUAGAAAGUGGAAAAUCAUUUUGGGACAACCAAAAUAGGAAAUUUUGCAAAUCAAAUUGGGACGGAGAGAGUAUUUUUCAUAUUGCAGCUUCGAAUGAAAAAAAUGAGAACAGGUAGAAGGUUGACGUGUAUUCAUUCGGAAAGUGUUUGCCAGGUAGUACUCCCCCGUCCCACUAAGAUUGUCUCCUCUUUCAUUUUCGGUUUGUUCCUCUAAAAAAGGAUAUAUAUUUCAUACUAUAUUAUUUGUAAGUUAAUUAUUACCUUUCACAAUCAAUUUUGAGUGCAUUAGGUAGUAAUCAUGUUUUUUUUUCAAUUUUUAUUUACUUCAUAUUUAAUUUUAGUAUUGAUUUAAAGUAUUACAGGGUAUAUAAACUCGUUUUUUGCUUGGGGCACCAAAAUCCCCAAAGCCGGCCCUGGCUGCUCUAUACCAUGGGGAUAUUUGGGCGGGAAUACUGUUCUCAAAACAUUUUGCUUUUAUAUAAUGAUGAUGAUGAUAGAUAGUGCAGCCUGUUGACUAGAAUUCUUAAUUCUUGUUUAGUUUGGUGCUUGCAUAAUCUGUAACACUUUAACCAUGCCUUGUAAAUAAUGUAAUCUUGUUGAAUUAUGAUGAUGAGUCAUUCUUAGUGUAUUGUUUGAUUUGAUGAAUUAUUAUCAUGUUAUUUCUGUUAGUGUAUUUAGUUCCAUCAUUUCCAAUGGAGCCAAAGAAUAACUUUUGUUUGGCUUGGGAAUAUGAUGGAACAAAGCAAAAUGGCUCACUAAACUGUUUGCGCUUCUUUAUUAUGAAGCAGUCCACACAAUUUUCAACGUAAUUUCAUCAUGAGUCAUCCAUAAAUAGCCUCUCUUUAGUUUAGGUGGGAGCCUUUGCGUCACUGGGGUAAUGUUGUUGUUUGUAUCUUUGUUAGUUUAUUUAUUUAUUUAUAAAAAUGUCCCUAUAUUGUUUAUAUGUACUGGUUUCCCUACUUUUCAUAUCAUAUAUUCUUAUUAAAAUGUCGUUGCUCGUGUUUCCAUGCUAUUUAGAUUUAGGGUAUUUGUUUUACAGCUGAUUGCAUGUUCUCUAAGAGCCGUUAAACUACGGUUUAACUGAAUCUAACAUCUGAUUUUCCCAGUUGAAAAGAGAUGAUUAUUAUUUCUAUAUAUGUAAAGUUCUCUUGAUUAAUCUCAUCCUUUUCCAAAUUUCUCGACAUGUACAGUUGUACACAAAUUUUAAUUUCUUGAUUGAGAUUUGAUCCAUCACAUAGGAUGGUUGAUGGUUUCUUCAUUUUUAUUUUAAUUAUGCAUUUUUUAACAUUAUCGGCUUAAACAAGAUUGCUGUCUUGAUAUAUUUUCAAAGUAUUCCUCUUUUUGUCUCACCCCUGAUAUGUCAUUUUUAUUGGCCCACAAGUUUCACUUUCUUCACUAUUGAUGUGUGAGUAUGGAUCUUUUGCCACUUUUGAUCCUUCCUAUCGUUUAUCCAACCAAUUUUCGCUGAAUAAGUGACGAGAAGGAACAAAUGUGGGAAUGAAUUUGUAGUUGUGCACCAAUUGUGAAGCUAAAAGUGAAAACAAUCUAAUAUUCGUAGGAACAAAAGUGUAAUAUUAAUUCUCAAAAACAAGUGUAAUAUUAUAUUUCUUUUAUUUCUUAUCCAAUGCAAAUUUCUAAAUGUCAUCUAACAUGAAAGUCAUUUGGAUGUUGCAGUGUUUUAUCCGGUUCUUGCAAACGAGAAUAUUUUGAGGUUGAUUUAUGAUGUUGGAGGCUCUCAUACUAGUUGGUAGAGAUAUUGAAUGUCCAGACUGGUCAACAAUUUGAGAGUUAUUUUCAAAUUUGAGCACAAUGCUGAAUUACAGACGUGCCAUCAUGUUUUUAGCAAUCUUUGUUUAUUUUCUAUUGAGCAACAGUCUUUGCUAUUGUCUUCAGAGUGAUAUUGAUUGUCUAAAAUCAGUAAAGUCUACUUUGCAAGACCCAAAAAGCAACUUGGCCGAUUGGGACUUUAAUAACAACACUGAAGGAUUCAUCUGUAGAUUUACAGGGAUUAACUGCUGGCAUCCUGAAGAAAACAAGGUUCUCAAUGUCAACCUUCGUGAUAUGGAACUCAAGGGAACGUUUCCAAUUGGUCUGAAGGAUUGUAAAGCUUUGACCGGAUUGGAUCUUUCAAGGAAUCAAAUCAGUGGGUCUAUUCCAUCAAACAUCUCCAAAAUCCUUGAUUUUGUGACCACCCUUGAUCUCUCAUCCAACCAAUUAUCAGGACAGAUACCUGAAGACCUUGCAAGAUGCUCCUUCCUGAAUGCUAUUAAGCUUGACAACAACCAGUUUUCUGGUCAAAUACCUCCUGCACUCGGUCAGCUUGGUCGGAUAAACACAUUUAGUGUGGAAAAUAACCAUUUGACCGGACCUGUCCCAAGCUUUGGAAACAAGACCAAACUAAGCUAUAACAAUAAUGUAGGACUAUGUGGGGGCCCAUCUUUGCCGCAGUGCAAGGUUGUGUCAAAGAAAGCAAACUCUGGAUUGAUUGCUAGAGCAGCUGCUGCUGGGGUUUCUGUUGGAAUUUUGUCCUUGGCUAUUGCGAUGUACUUCUAUUUCCGUAGGACAUAUAGGAAAAAGGAAGAUCCUGAUGGUAAUAGUUGGGCAAGGAGUAUUAGAGGUGCCAAAUCCAUUGAGCUUUCCAUGUUCGAGAAGUCUGUUUCAAAAAUGAGAUUAAGUGAUCUCAUGCAGGGCACUGACAACUUCAACAAAACCAACAUCAUUGGGUUGGGAAGAACUGGGACUCUUUACAAGGCAGUUCUUGCAAACGGCACAUCUUUCAUGGUUAAGAGAUUACAAAACACUCAGCACUCUGAAAAAGAAUUUGCAUCUGAAAUGGCAACACUCGGAUCGGUUAAAAACCGCAACUUGGUCCCUCUUUUCGGAUUCUGCAUGGCAAAGCAAGAAAGGCUGUUGGUCUACAAGUACAUGCCCAACGGAACUCUGCACAGCAAGUUGCAUGAUCUCAAUGAUGGAGAAAAACCGUUGGAUUGGACUUUGAGAUUGAAAAUUGCGAUUGGGGCGGCAAAAGGGUUCGCUUGGCUCCACCACAAUUGCAACCCGCGGAUCCUCCACAGAAACAUAAGUUCCAAAUGCAUCUUAUUGGAUGAAGAUCUUGAACCCAAGAUAUCUGAUUUCGGGCUUGCCCGGCUCAUGAACCCGAUUGACACCCAUUUGAGCACCUUUGUAAACGGCGAGUUUGGGGACUUUGGCUACGUCGCUCCUGAAUACUUUAGAACUUUGGUCGCCACUCCGAAAGGAGACGUUUACAGUUUCGGAGUUGUGCUGCUUGAGUUGGUUACUGGAGAGGCGGCCGCGUUUGUGAGCAAAGCCCCUGAGAGCUUCAAGGGCAGCUUGGUAGAAUGGAUUACCCUUCUCUCCAGCGAAUCUAGACUUCAAGAUUCAAUCGACGAGUCUUUGUUGGGGAAGGGGUGCGAUGAUGAGGUUGUCCAGGUUCUUAAGGUUGCUUCUCGCUGUGUUCUACCUGACGUUCCUAAGCAGAGGCCGUCGAUGUUUGAAGUAUACCAAUUCCUGAGAGCAAUCGGGGAGCGUUACAAUUUCACAACAGAUGAUGGUGACAUCUUCUUGCCCCAGGAGACUGAUGAUGGGUUUCACUUGGAUGAACUUAUUGUUGCCCGAGAGAGGUGAAAAAAGGUAUGAGAGACUGUUGGUAUUAGUGGAUGGGAUAUAGAUUAUAUGAUUUGUAGUUAUGUGUUAUAGAUAAUCCUGAAAUAAUAAAUAGUCUUCUUAGAUUUCAAACAAUAAUAAUUGUCUAUAAGUUUUGUUUGUCACUGCACUAUAGGCCUAUAGGGUAUUCAGCUUAUGAGUUCUGGUAUCGUAGGUUGAAUUCCUCAGUUAGAAGGAUUAAUUCCAAUUGCCAUUUUUGUGAAAUCCCUAUUUUAGCCUUUAGCACCAAUUUCUAA